CACAUGCGUUUCAGAACAAGAAAAUGAACACUCUGGCUUCUUGCAAAGAGAGAUGGUGCUAUGUUCUAUAUCAUUCUCAGGAGCCUGGUUGCAGUUCAGAAACGAACCGAUGCCUCAUGCUACACACCUACUUCCUCUAUUCAUAGUGAUCCAACUAUUCUGGCUAGCCACAUCUUCUCAUGGCCACGGCCAUGGUAAUACAAGAGAUUCUUCUUACUGCCAUCCAGACCAGGCUGCAGCACUUCUCGAACUAAAGCAGUCCUUCAUCUUCGACUACUCCACCACCACCCUGCCAUCAUGGCAACCUGGUACCGACUGCUGCAGCUGGGAGGGCGUUCGCUGUGAUGAUGGCGUAUCUGGCGGAGGCGGCAGCGUCACCGUUCUUGACCUCGGCGGCCGUGGCCUCUACAGCUACGGGUGCCAUGCCGCGCUCUUCAACCUCACCUCCCUACGCUACCUCGACCUCAGCAUGAACGAUUUUGGUGGAUCUCACAUUCCGGCAGUUGGUUUCGAGAGGCUAUCCAAGCUCACUCACCUCAAUCUUUCUUAUUCAGGCUUCUACGGUCAGAUUCCUCUCCCCAUCGGCAAACUCACGAACCUCGUAUCAUUGGAUCUUUCUUCACUGCAUAAUAUUGAAUCUGAUGAAAUCACAAAUAUCUAUUCUAUCUUGGAUGGCUACAACUUUCUGGUGUUACGAGAGCCCAGCUUUGAGAUCUUACUGGCAAACCUCACCAAUCUGAGGGAGUUGUACCUUGAUGGAGUGGACAUAUCUAGUAGCGGAGAGGGGUGGAGCAGUGGUCUAGGUAUAGCUGUCCCCCAUAUUCAGAUUCUUAGCAUGGUGUACUGCCAACUCCAUGGUCCAAUCCACACCUCUCUGUCAAGUCUUCGAUCCCUUACUGUGGUCAACCUCAAGCUUAACGGUGGAAUUUCUGGUGCAGUUCCUGAAUUCUUCACGGAUUUUCUCAAUUUAAGUGUUCUUCAACUCAGCUAUAACAAUUUCAGUGGUUGGUUUCCUCAGACAAUAUUUCAACUCAAGAAUAUAAGAGUCCUUGAUGUGUCACACAACAAACAACUCUUAGGGUAUUUACCAGAAUUUCCAAGUGGGGCUUCUUUGGAGACUUUGUGCCUGCAGUCCACUAAUUUCUCUGGUGUCAGGCUGAGCUCUUUUAGCAAUCUCCUGUCUCUGAGGGAGCUAGGUUUUGCUGGAAGAUCAAUUUCUAUGGAGCCAACUGAUUUAUUGUUCAACAAGAUCAACUCCUUGCAAAUUUUGCAGCUCCCUUUUGCUCAAUUUUCAGGAGAGUUAGGACCAUUUUUCUCAUGGAUUAGAAGCCUUAAGAACUUGACAAGCUUGCACCUCUCUGAUUGCUAUUCCUCCAAGAUAAUGCCCCCGAUGAUUGGAAACCUCACCAACUUGACAAGUUUGGAGAUUACUGAAUGUGGCUUUGUUGGACAAAUACCAUCAUCAAUUGGAAACCUCAACAAGUUGACUUCAUUGAGAAUCUCUGAUAGUGCCUUCUCUGGGACAAUACCAUCUUCGAUUGGCAAUCUCAAGAAACUAAGAAGAUUGGAAAUUUCUUAUAGUGAAUUAUCAGGUCCAAUAACAACAGAUUUUGGACAUCUCAGCACAUUGACAGUAUUAGUAUUAACAGCCUGCAGGUUUUCUGGCAGAAUACCAAGUACAAUUAUGAACUUGACUCAACUGAUUUAUCUGGAUCUUUCGCAGAAUGAUCUUAGAGGAGAGAUUCCAACAUAUCUAUUCACAUCUCCAGCCAUGUUACAGUUGGAUCUUUCACUAAACAAGCUUUCUGGACCAAUACAAGAGUUUGAUACAACAUAUUCACGCAUGAGAAUUGUUUCUUUGAGUGAAAAUCAAAUUAGUGGACAGAUCCCUGCAUCAUUCUUUGAACUCAGAAGUUUGGUGGACCUGGAUCUUCACACAAACAACUUAACAGGUUUAGUACAAUUGAUUUCGCUUUGGAAGUUAAGAAAACUUUAUAACCUGGAUCUCUCAAACAACAAGUUGUAUGUCCUGGACAGCGAAGGCAGUGAACCCACCAUGCCCGUACUACCUAAACUCUUGAUGUUAGGACUUAUGUCUUGCAACAUGACAACAAUUCCAAGAUUCUUGAUGCAUCUUAAUCAUGUCCAAAUAUUGGACCUUUCAUGCAACGUAAUAGACGGGAUUAUACCCAAAUGCAUAUUGGAGACAUGGGAUGAUGGCCUUAUAAGUCUGAAUCUUUCACACAACAAAUUCACAGAUAUGCAACUUACUUCAUAUGUUCUCCCAAAUAGUCGUUUGGAAUCUCUUGAUGUGAGUUUCAAUAGACUCCAAGGCCAGAUCCCAAUGCCAAACAUGUUGGCAACAGUAUGGAGUUUGCCUCAAGUUUUGGAUUAUUCCAACAAUAGAUUCUCUUCUAUUAUGUCAAACUUCACUGUUUACCUUAGCCAAACAGUUUACCUCAAAUUGUCCAGAAAUAAGCUAAGUGGCCACAUAUCACAUUCCAUCUGCAAAGCAAGCAAACUUGAAGUCCUUGACCUGUCAUAUAACAACUUCAGUGGGCUGAUACCAUCAUGUCUAAUGGAAGAUGGUCACUUGGCUAUAUUAAAUUUGAGAGAGAACCACUUUGAAGGAACAUUGCCUGAUAAUGUUAAUGAGCACUGUAAUCUCCAGACAAUAGAUUUACAUGACAAUAAGAUUCAGGGGCAACUGCCUAGGUCUCUUUCCAACUGCGCUGACCUGGAGGUCCUUGAUGUUGGAAAUAAUCAGAUGAUUGACAAUUUUCCAUCUUGGUUGAGUAGGCUUUCCAAUCUAUAUGUCCUUAUUUUAAGAUCCAAUCAGUUCUAUGGGUCGCUUCCUUAUACUUCCAGAGAUAGCAAAUUUGAGGAAUACUUCCCAAAGUUACGAAUCGUUGAUAUAUCCUCAAACAACUUCCAUGGCAAUUUGCAUCCAGAAUGGUUUCAGAGGUUGACAUCUAUGAUGGCCAAGUUCAAUGACACAGGAAGUACUUUAACUCACCAGAUCCCAUACAGAGAUGUAUACUACCAUGAUACCGUUGCAAUCACAUACAAAGGGCAAUACAUGGCAUUUGAAAAAGUCUUGACUACCUUAACCGCAAUUGACUUCUCAAAUAAUGCAUUUGAUAGUCAAAUUCCUGAAACAACUGGGAAGCUAAUUUCGCUGCAUACAUUGAACAUGUCACAUAAUGCAUUUACGGGAAAGAUUCCACCACAAAUGGCUGAGAUGCGUCAAUUGGAAUCACUAGACUUGUCCUCGAAUGAGCUUUCUGGAGAGAUUCCACAAGAACUAACAAAUUUAACAUUUCUUGCUACCCUGAACUUAUCUGAAAACAAGCUGCAUGGAAGGAUACCACAAUCACGCCAAUUUGCAACGUUUGAGAACAACUCAUAUAAAGGGAAUGUGGGGCUCUGUGGACUGCCUUUGUCCAAACCAUGUGGAAAUUCUAGUAAUCCAAAUGAGGCGCAAGUAAAUAUAUGCUAUGAUCAUGUUGAUAUUAUCUUGUUUCUCUUUGCUGGGUUGGGCUUUGGCAUUGGAUUCACAACUGCUAUUCUGGUGAAAUGGGGUAAAGUUGGUAAAUGGUUUCGGAUUGCGUGAACAUGGCCUGAACUUUGAAGACAUAAGACUGGCCAUCAACACAAUUAUGUGCUUACCAGAGGGAGCUAUGAGUUUAAGUUGUAAUAUGCCACCCUACAUGGUCAUACUUCUAUCUUACAAUCUACCACAACUUGUUCACUGUCAACUUUACGUAAUAAGUUUACGUUGUAAUAAGUCAGCUUAUAUAUGCUCAUACUUUGAUCUUAUUAGCUA